CAGCAAUGGAAUACUUUAUGUGUCCUGUUCUUUGAGUGCUAAUUGACGACUGAGAAUUCAAGCGUGGUGCCUCGUCAGACCAGCAAUUAGAGGAAAGGCGGCCACUUCAACUUCAGGACAAGAAACAAUGAAGAAAUAAAUGCAAUACAAAUGUCCCGAAAAACUCUUUGGAAGGCAAUCGCGUGCGGGAUGGCGGUGCGCGGGGGAGAGAUAAGAAAAUUGGACGCGGGUGGCUCGCUUUCGGAAUGUCACAGUGAGUGAUUUCGUCCGUUGAGUUUCCUUCCUUGGCCGCCUCGGGAUUCGACUCUGCGCACCGCCAACGUCUUUCCCGACGACCACGCGAGGAGUCGCGUGCGCGCCUUCCUUCGCGGUUCUCCUCGCGCACAAACGGCGGUUCUCCAGCGAGAGCUCCUUAGAAACUCCCACCAAGAAGUGGCGACAAGAAUCCGCCCCCUGGCCAAGACGGCGCGUGCCCGCCGCACAAGAAACCACCCGGCAGUCAAACGACGAACGGCGGCGGAGAAGAAAGAAGGACCUGUGGAUUCUGCGAGCACACACGUGAGCCGAUCGUCUCCUUCGCUCGCACGCGCCGCACGCUCGGCCCCAGCGCGUCCCCGCCGAGUGCUCCCUUUGCUGGCCGGAUAUGUCCCGCGAGAAAAAUUUUCGCCCGCCACUCUUCUUCGCCUGAGGCCUCUUCUGCCGCCUCCGACGACGGUUCGGCCGCCGAGCCGCCUCCGACUCGAGGUUUAAGAAGGCAGCGCAGCAUCCCAUUCACCGCAGUAGCGGCAGCUUCGUCAUCAGCAUUGACAAAAUAUUGCCAAAGAGCAUCCCUGUGAAUCAGACAGUUUCCCCCGCAGCGAGCGUUUCCUUCACCAAAGGAGCAGCAGCUAGCGGAAUAAAGGAGCAGCGAUCCGUGGAGAGAGCGAAAGGAAGUAGUUCAUACGGCACAGCCGCUCGCACACGCAGCAGCGCGCCGUGUAUCCCUCCCUAAGCAGCUGACCUCCCCCUUCGGUUCCCCACUUAUUCUUACCAACAAUAGGAACGAAAUUAUAAUUCAGACACACACAGCAUUGGAGUGGGAAGGUGGAAAAAAAUUGGCUCGUCCAAUCGGAGGCGAGUUUCUCUAUGAUGUCAUCAGAAGAGGAGAGUUCUGAAUGCUUUGGUUUGUACGGUGAAAAACUUCUGAAGAAGGCCAAGCGUACCAGACAGCGUGUAGACGCCGGCGAGCCGCGCAACAGCUACUCGUCGAUCCCGAAUUUCAGUUCGCGUCCCAGUUUCAUGAGUGCCGGCGGAAUAUACGGCGCUAUCUUCAGCCCGCAGCAGCAGCAGCAGUUCAGCGGGCUCUUCGGCCCGCACGGUUCGCCGCCGCCGCCCGCGAGCACCACGGCCAACAGCAGCAGCGGCUCCGGCUUCGCGCCCUCCAAAAUGCUCAACGAACUGCUCGGCCGGCAGAUGAAAGCGGCCGACGCCGCCGUCGGAGCCGAGUGUCUGAUGGGCAGCGCCGUCGACGCCGAGACCAGCAGCAAGGUCAACGGCGGCGCCAACUUCGACAUGGACCAGGCCGCCGGCAACGACAACAUGCUGCGCGAGAUCCUGCAGGGCCGCAAAAAGGAGAUCCUGGCCCUGGAGCAGGAGCUGCGCGCCGCGUCCGAGGCGGCCACCUUUUCUCCCACCAACAACAACAACAACGAGAUCAAAUCGGACCAGCAGACAGGUGGGGCCGCCGACGAGGUGGGUGGCGCCUCAACAGGAAGCGCGGCCAACUCGCCAGGGCCGGUGCCGCACGCCUCCGCAGGCGACGACCGAGAGGCGAGUGACGAGGACGACGACGACAUGAGCGACGCCGACGAGGCCAAGAGCAAAAUGCACAAGGACUCGGACUCGUUCCACUCGGACUCGUCCAACAACUCGAAAGACGACUGCCUGGACGCCGAGAGCAAGGACAAGGCGGCCAGCAGCAGCACCAGCGAGAUGAAGAGGGCGCGCGUGGAGAACAUUGUGUCGUCGAUGCGCGCCUCGCCCUCGCUGCCCGUGCAGGUGAACGGCUGCAAGAAACGCAAGUUGUACCACCCGCAGCAGCACGACAGCACCAGGUACGGACAGGCGUCGGCGGCCAGCGUCGCCGACGACGACGUCGACGACGACGCCCCGCCGGUGCUCAAGCAGAAGCGCGUGGAGAAGGACGCGCUCAAGUCGCAAUUGCGCACCAUGCAGGAGCAGUUGGCCGAGAUGCAGCAAAAGUACGCCCAGCUGUGCAACCGGAUGGAAAUGGAGUCGGACUGCCAGGACGACAACACCGGCGACCUCGAGAUGCCGACGCCGCACUCGGAACCCGAAACGGUAAAAGAAAUAAUUUCUGAUAAGGUUAAGGCGGCGCCGGUAGCGGCGCCGCCGGUAGUCGUAGCUCCUGGUGGCGGUGGUCCCCCCUUUGCACCUCAACAACACACUCAUGCCGCUCCUCCUCCGAUGCAGAAUCCGGCCGCAGCCGCCGCAGCAGCAGCAGCCGCCAUGUACCUGGGGGUGGGCCACAAGAUGUUCCUGGAGCAGGAGGCGCAGCGGCUCAAGGAGGCCGCCGAGCACCACCACCACCAACAGCAGCAGCAGCAGCAACAACAACAACAGCAGCAGCACCACCAGCAGCAGCUGCAGCAGCAGGCGCCGCAGCCUCCGCAGCAGCAGCCGCCGAUGCCGCCCCCGCAGCCGCACCACCACCCGUGCGUGCCGCCUCCGCCGCCCCACCACCACGGCCACCCGCACCCGUCGUCGCACCAGCUGGCCGUGGCGGCCGCCGCCGCGGCCAAGAACGCGGAGCUGCAGGAACGGUUUCCGUUCUUCCGCAGCCCGCCGAUGGCCUCGGACGUGGAGGGCCUGGCCGAGAUGCUCAAGUCGGAGAUCAGCGCGUCGCUGAACCUGCUGAUCGACUCGAUCAUGGGUCGGUUCGCGCAGCAGCGCCGCUUCCUCACCGGCGCCAACAAACAGCAGGCCGAGGAGCAGCUCAACAAGGACCUCUUGCUGGCCUCGCAGCUGCUGGACCGGAAGUCGCCGCGCACCAAGGUAAUUGAUCGCGGCGCCAAUAAUCCGCCCCCAGGCGCACUCGCCGCCGCCGGCCCUUCGGGGUCGGGAAACGGGCUAGGCUGUGGCAGUAUCGGAACGCGAGUAAACGGUACUGCCUUCCCAAUCAACCUCGUGGCAAGUUCCACCCCUUCUUCCACCCCUUCUAACCCCGCAGACAUGCGACCCCCAGUAAACACGUCUUCGUCCUUCCAGCCCCAGAAAUCAUCCGCAGCAGCCAUGCCCGUCGCCAUCAACGGAGCCUCGUCCGCUCUGUACCCGAUGAGGCCACUCGCGGGCCCCUUCGACCAGCGGGUCACCCCGUCGCCGACGUCGCACCACCACCAGCACCACCACCACCACCAGCAACAGCACCACCAGCCCAUGCAGCAGCAGCAGCAGCACCGGCCCUCCGAGCUGGACAUGCCCGAGCAGAACGAGGCCAUCAGCCUGGUGGUGACCACCAAGAAGAAGCGCCAUAAGGUCACCGACACGCGCAUCACGCCGCGCACGGUGUCGCGCAUCCUGUCGCAGGAGGCGCCGCCGGGCACGCCGAGCAGCACCGGCGCCACCACGCCGGUGCCGAGCGGCGUCGCCGCCAUGAUGGACCCCAAGUACGGCCUGGUGCCGUCGACGAGCGCGAGCACCCUGAGCAGCAACAGCCCCUCGCCGCGGCCGUACCACCCGCCGCCGCCGCCCAUGCUGCCCGUCUCGCUGCCCACCUCCGUGGCCAUCCCCAACCCCAGCCUGCACGAGUCGCAGGUCUUCUCGCCCUACAGCCCCUUCUACGGCCAGCACCAGUCGUCGUCGCCGCCCGACCGCCGCGACGCCGAGUCUCCGCUGCCGCACCCGCCCUCGCUCCUCCACCCCGCCCUGCUCGCCGCCCACGGCACCCCCGACUACGGCCGCCUCGCCGCCGGACCCAACUCGGCCUCCCAGGCCGACGACCGCGGCCUCGACCAGGCCGACAGCCCCUUCGACGGAAUGCAGCCUCCGCUCUCCUUCUCCAACUCACGUUGGUUCCCGUGUCCUACCAGACUCACAUCGCCGGUGCGCGACUCGGGCAAGAAGUCGAUUCGCGACUACCUGAGUCUGCUCAAGCAGGACAGCCUCGGCUCGCUGUCCGAGCCGUUCUCCUCCACCCUGACCCCGAUGCACCUGCGCAAGGCCAAGCUCAUGUUCUUCUGGGUGCGCUACCCGAGCUCGGCGGUGCUCAAGAUGUACUUCCCCGACAUCAAGUUUAACAAGAACAACACCGCGCAGCUCGUCAAAUGGUUCUCCAACUUUAGGGAGUUCUACUACAUCCAGAUGGAAAAGUACGCCCGUCAGGCCAUCACCGAGGGUGUCAAGAGCGCCGAGGAGAUCCACGUGGCCCUCGACUCGGAGAUCUACCGAGUGCUCAACCUGCACUACAACCGCAACAACCACAUUGAGGUAUGGGGACCUCAGGUUCCUUCCAACUUCCGGUUCGUCAUCGAGCAGACGUUGCGAGAGUUCUUCAAGGCCAUCCAGACGGGCAAGGACGCCGAGCAGUCGUGGAAAAAGUCCAUCUACAAAGUCAUCUCGCGGCUCGACGACGCCGUGCCCGAGUACUUCAAGUCGCCCAACUUCCUCGAGCAGCUCGAGUAAAUAAUGUACAUUUUUGAGGAGAAACAUGCAACCAUUGAUCUCUCACACAAUAAGCAUAUCCUAAUUGUUAAGGGGGGCCCCCGAGCGGCAACAAAACUGACCCCGCGAAACAGUUCGCCGCCCCCCGGUCUUGCUCUUGUAAAUAGAAUCUCUCUCACACACACACACUACACGCAUUCCGAAAGGGCUGCUUUCGGACACUGGAAAAAAACACACACAAAUCAUCAUCUAUAUGCGUCGGAUUUUAAUCUGAGUAAGAAUACACGCGGCCUGAAAGGCCCAGUUUCUCUUUGUAGUUGAGCAGUUUAGAGGACGUGAAAGAAAGAAAGAAAUUGAUUAAUUAUGUUGUUGAAUGUAGCGGCUAAAUUUAAAUGUCAAUCUGCUGUCUUUCCUAUAUAUAUUUGCGAGAAUCGUCACUCAUACUUAAUUAUGGAAAAGUCUUUAGGAGUUAAAGAAAUUUCAUGUGCUGGUCGUGUCAAAGGAUAAAUUAUAAAUUUAGCAAAUCGGGCGUUGCCUGUUUGAAUAAAAAGCAGUGUGCAUUGUAAAAAGUUUAAUCAACGGACGCGGUCCCACUUUUGCUGACAUUUCUCUCUUUCUCUCUCUCUUAAUCUUGGGUGUGUUAAAAUGAAAUACUUUUUGUCGUGUUUAUUAUGGAAAUGAAAAGAAUAUUUAAUGACAAAUUAAAAUGAGAGUAUUUAACUUUAGAUGAAAGAGUACAAGAAAAAUUUAUUUAACAAGCGAAUCGCAUUAAAAUAGACAAGCAAGAAAACCUGCUCAAGUUUUUUGAUCCAGACAUGAAACUCGCAUUUGAAUAUCAAUAAUCACGACUAUUGUAAAGGUGGUAGGUGUUGAUUAUUAUUAUUACACACACACUGAGUAAGCGUAAAUUAAAAACUAACCACUGGGUAUGAUCUGGAGACCAACGAACAUUUGAGUAAAUGAAUGAAAGUGAUGAUAUAUAGAAAUUAACUUAAAAAGAGUGCAGCAGAGUGAACAAAUAAUGGAUUGAAAAAAAGUUUAAAUUUCUCUGUCUAAUGUAUUUAAUGAAUAUAUUUAAAAAAGACGAAAAAUUAUACUUAGCGCCUCAGUUUGUAAAUAUUGAGAAAAUUAUAAAAUUAUAUUAUCGGAAAAUUAGCGAGGAUGCACUUGAUUUGUCGGUCAAUGGAGUUGGCAUUUUAGAACAAAAAGACGAAAGAAAAAAAUUAUAAGAACCAAAGUGUCCUUUUUCGACUGCUAAAAUUUUUAAAAAAAGAAAAGCUACCAAAACUGCUAAUGACGAUGAUGAGGAUGAUGAUGGACUAUUGUUAUAAUUUUUACUUACAUAAUAAUUUAUAUCAACAUGCGAUAAUCUUAUGGGUUUUUGUCCACCACUGAUCAAUUGAUUUUGUUUCAAUGUAAAUCUAGUCACUUAUCGAGGCGGUUUUUAUAUUCUUCUCAUUUUUCAACAUACAUUGUCUGUCCAUGAACAAGCUGCAUGUAUAAAAAGUAUAAUCUUACGCAUAACAAAAAGACGCAAUGACUAUUGAUGAUGAUGAUGAAAAGAUAAUGACGACUAAAAGUUGAAGCAAUACAAGGUCUGUCUGUUGUUGGACUCGAUCAAUCACAAACACACGCACGCGUUAGAUUCUUGUAUGCUUUGAUUUUUCUCACUCUCACACACACACGCAUACAAACAUACCAAAAACUCAGACAUUAAUAUAUUGAUAUACCAAAGCUAGUGGCUCGCGCCGUCGUCCGACUCUUUUCCCAGCAGUACGGGGGCUGCGAAAAACACGGAAAUGAGUCGCACCGCGGCCGCCGCUCUCUCGCUCACCACGAAAUCGAUCAUUUUCCCAAUAACGAAAUGACGAGACUCAAAAUACAACACCCGCACUCCGACUUGAUUCGUUGUGUAAGACGUAUAAAAAAAAUAAUAAAACAAGCGCGUGAACCAAACCGUAUAUAUAUUUAUGUAGUUAUGAGAAGACGCGGCCCGCACUUAAUGCGCGCCGCGUCCAAAUCACACACUUGCAUAUAGUACGAGCAAAAUUUCACUCGCAAACAAACAAACAAAUGAAAACAUCUCUCGAAACCAAACAAACAAACAAACACAUAGCAUACUAAUUUAUAACGAUUAAGUAAUAAAAAUAGCCGUGUUACACAUUAUCUCUCUUUCUCUCGCUAUAAUAUUACAAAUAACUGUAUUAACAGUCGUAAGCCAGUGUUGUUUAAUUAUCAAUUGAAUUGAUUAUUGAAUUGAUUCUGAAAGACUGGAUGUUCUCUGUUUUUUGGAAUUACUCGGUUAUUAGGCGCGAGCUCUGACACGCAACUCAUAUUCCCCAGACACACAAUGUUAAUUAUUGAUUGUGACUGCUGUUAUAUUUCCCCUAGGAGAUAACGAGAAACUGUACCACCCUGUAAUUUGAUUAAUUUCCAUCUUGUUCAGAUAUAAUAUAAUGGUGGAGGCGCUUUCGAUUUUGGAACUUGGAUGGAGAAAUUUUCGGCGAGAAUUCCGUCUCGCCUAUUAUUUCUCUGUUCUUGUAUUACACACAUAUUUGGAGUCGUUCCAGUCGUCAGCUGCAAUAUUAAAAGAAAAUAAAAAACGAACACUUUAUACACGCAUACAUAAAAAUACACACACUCGUUAUGCUUUUCACUCUCACACUUUUCGUCCCCGCGACAUCGAUUCUCUCUCUUGUUUUCGAGAAGAAAUAAUAAAUCAAUAUUUCUAACGUAGUUCAAGAAUUAUAAAUAAUACCGGUCGGAUUUUGGUUUUUUAUUCUUUCCGCGCUACUUUCGUUCAAACAUGGUGCAAAACUUUUGGAUUUUUACAAAUUCCUCGCAUCAAAAUCGCAAACACGCCCGUUGAGUUCAGCAUCUUUUGAGACGCUCCCCCCGCAGUUAUUACAUCAAAAGUGAAUCUAAAAGGUCGUAAGUACAACUUAGAGGUACUUAAGAGAGGAUUAUUUUCCAUUUUGACACACGAAAGAGCACCUUUUGCGCCUUAUAAAUGUAUGUAACCAAAAUCUGCCUUAAAUUAUUCUAUUAUAUAUUUUCGUAUAGAGUGAAGUAAAAAACAAACAAAAAAAACAAAGAAGUGUAAUAAAUUUAAAAAGAAACAAAA